UAACUGAGUUUGUUGUAGCGGCGAGAUCGAGAUAUAUACACCGAUCCGACUCCCAAACCGAUCCGUCCGACGAUCGGCUGACUUUGGCCUAACUGCUCGAGACCGCGAACCGCUCGAAUACAGUAAGUGGCGAGCCGGCGUUGUGAAUGCACGUGUUUUCGCUUAACUCACCUUCAGAAAACUCCUAACUUUAAAUUCCAAAACAUUACAAAAAAAACACACACAUAAAUAAAUCAUAAAAAACCAAAAACUGUGAACUGUCUUGAAAAUUGGACAAUUUUUUUUCAAGUAAUAUUUUUUGUCAAAGUGCUAAAAAAAAAAAUACAAAAAACGGAAAAAUCGACAAACAAUCUUCAAUAAUUUUUUUCAAGUACAUUUUUUUCCAAGUGUUUCAAAUACAAAAAUUGUACAAAAAACUAUCAUAUACUCUUAAUUGAAAAUAAAAGGAAGUAAUACAAGAACAUACCAGAGACAUGAAGAAGGCCAAACAGAAGUUGGCUUGAGCUCGGCUCAUGACAAAAACCAAAAUCAAAACGAAAUCUUUUUUUUUUUUUAAAGAACAGAAACAGAAACAAACAAAUUAGUGGGCGAGCGGCGAACAAACAUACACACACAAUUGGAUUAGUGUUUUGUUUAUUUCGGACCACCACCCACAAAAAGGAUAUAUAAAAAAAAUAUAGUAAAUCCAACAAAUCAAACAACAAAUUUGCACAAAAAAAAAUAAAAAGAAUAUCGCGUGUCGCCGUCGUGUUUCGUCGUUUUCGUUCAACGCGCUUCGAAAAGAACGUCUUCAAAAUAAGUCUAUUUGUCGGAUAAAUAUCGAAAAUCGUAAUCCAUCAUGCCGAAGAUAUUUUUGAUCAAAAAUCGCCUGCACCAGCAGCAACAGCGCCUAUUGGAGUCCCAGAAUUUGCUGCAGCACAAGAGCCAGGACGAUGAACGGUGUUUGGUGCCGCCCUUGAGUCCCAGUCCCAGUGGCAGUGGCAGUGGGAGUGGCAGCGCUCCCUCGCCGCCCCCUCAUCCACAUCCGUCACAGCCCGAGCCACAAGGUCAGGCGGAAAAGCAACCAAAUCAGGAUCAACAGCCGCUGAGCUUAACGCGAAAGCGCUUCCAUCAUCGUCGUCAUUAUUUCGGACAAUCGCGUCACAGUCUCCCCGAUAAUGGAACUCCAACUCAAAAUCAGAAUCAAAAUUCUACGGAAUUGGAAGUCGAUGGCAGCUCAGCAGGGCAAGUUCAAAAUGAAAGUUUCGCUGCAGAAUUGCGACAGCGCUUGAGCGGCCCCAGCACCGUCAAUACCACCACCACCACCACCACUAGCACCACCACCAAUAAUAGUUUAUCUAGUAGCACCACCAAUACCGCCACUACCACCUCCGUUUUAGCCACAAAAGACUGCCCCGAAGAUCUAGAACCAACAACAACAACAACAACAGCAACAGCUAAAGAAGUUGAAGCAACAGCCCCAACAGCAACUACAACAACAACAACAAGCAUACCAAAGCAGCCACAAGAGGAAGAAGUUGAAGUAGAAGAAGAAGAAACAUCACUAGAAACAGCGCUGCCAGCAGAGGCAGAGAAAGAUCAGCAAGAAGAAGCAGAGGCAGCAGCGACAGCGACAGCGGCAGAGGCAGAGGCCCAAGCAGAGGAGGAGGAGGACGAAGAGGACGACGAAGUGGAUGUGGGUGUUGAAGCGCCCCGUCCCCGUUUGGUACUCACCCAGGCCCAGCGCAAAGAGUAUCCCCUACCGGCGCUUCCCCUCUCCCUCGCCACCACCGCCACCGCCGCCCCCCGCUCCUUUGUUUCGGACUCGCUGAGCGAUUCGGACUCGGACUCCGAUUCCGAUGGCGGCUGCAAGCUAAUCGUGGACGAGAAGCCACCACUGCCAGUGGACAAGCCGUUGUCGCUGCGACUGCGCAGCACGCCGCCACCGGCCGAGAAGCGUCCGAGUCCGCCGCCGCCACGGGAUCCGGCGCCCGCCGUCCGUUGCAGCGUCAUCCAGCGAGCACCCCAGUCGCACCACAUCCCGGCCACACCGAUCUCGCGCGGCUUCCCGCUCGAUCAGUUCGGACCGGAGCAACAGGAGCCCAUCGAUUACCACGUGCCGAAGCGGCGGAGUCCCUCCUACGACUCCGAGGAGGAGCUGAACACCAGGCGGCUGGAGCGAGCGCGUCAGGUUCGCGAGGCACGCCGCAGAAGCACCAUCCUUGCGGCCCGGGUCCUUCUGGCCCAGUCCCAGCGUCUGAAUCCCCGGUUAGUCCGAUCACUGCCCGGAAUUCUGGCCGCCGCAGCCGGACACGGACGCAGCAGCAGUUCGAACGGUGCCGCCGGCCAGGGAUUCCAAUCCUCGGGUUUUGGUAGCAAUAAUAGCUCCGGUGCCGGAUCCGGUAGUGGUCAGAACGCCGGCAGCGGUGCAGGAUCGCCGGGAGCCGGCGGUUUUGGCGGCGGAGCCGGAGGCGGGGGCAUGGGCGGCGGUCGAGACGGGCGUGGCAACUACGGACCCAACUCACCGCCCACGGGCGCACUGCCUCCGUUCUACGAGAGCUUGAAGGGCGGCCAGCAGAGCACCGCCAGCAAUAAUACGGGCCAGAGUCCCGGAAAUCAUCAUUCGCAUUUCAACGGCAAUCCGGCCAACUUCUUGUCGCUCCAGAACGCCGCAGCAGCAGCGUACAUUAUGUCAGCGGGUGGAGGAGGAGGAUCGGGCGGAACAGGAUCGGGCGGAGGAGCAGGUCCAGCCGGGGGUGGUGGAGGCGGAGGAGGAGGAGGUGGUGGUCCUGGCGGCGGUAAUGGUGGCUACAUGAAUUGUGGUGGUGGUUCGGCCCCCGGAAUCGGUGGCAACCAGAACCUCGACGGUAAUAAUCUUUUGAACUUUGCCAGUGUUUCCAACUAUAACGACUCCAAUUCCAAAUUCCAUAAUCAUCAUCCCAAUUCUCAAUCCUCGAUGAUGGCGCAUCCCUUCUACGGCGGCAAUCCCUCAGCCUAUGGGAUCAUCCUUAAGGACGAGUCGGACAUCGAGUACGACGAGGCCAAGAUCGAUAUAGGUACCUUCGCCCAGAACAUCAUCCAGGCGACGAUGGGCAGCACCGGCCAGUUCAAUGCCAGUGCCUACGAGGACGCCAUCAUGUCGGAUCUGGCCAGUUCGGGUCAGUGCCCCAAUGGAGCGGUCGAUCCGCUCCAGUUCACGGCCACCCUGAUGCUCAGCUCCCAGACGGAUCACCUGCUGGAGCAGCUGUCGGAUGCCGUUGAUCUGAGUUCCUUUCUGCAGCGCAGUUGUGUGGACGACGAGGUGUCCACCAGUCCCCGGCAGGACUUUGAGCUGGUCUCCACGCCCUCCCUGACGCCCGAUUCGGUGUCGGUGACGCCGGUCGAGCAGCACGGCACCAGCACCACCCAGCUGGAUGUCCUGCACGAGAAUCUCCUCAAGCAGCUGACCCACAACAUGGCCCGGAACAGCAGCAGCCACCAGCAACAGCAGCAGCAGCCGCAGCCACAGCAUGUGCAGCAACAUGUCUCGCAGCAGCAACAGCAGCACAGUGUCCAGCAGCAGCAGCAGCAGCAUGCCGUGCAGCAGCAGCACAACGUCCAGCAGCAACACGUCCAGCAGCAGCAGCAACAGCAGCCGCCACCGCCCUCGUAUCAGCAUGCCACCCGAGGCCUGAUGAUGCACCAUCAGCCGCAGCACGGCGGCUACCAGCAGCAGGCCGCUCUGAUGUCGCAGCAGCAGCAGCAGUUGCUCAGCCAGCAGCAACAGUCGCACCACCAGCAGCAACAUGCCGCCUACCAGCAGCAGCAGCAGCAACAGCACAGCCUGUAUGCGCAGCAGCAGCAGCAACACCAUCAGCAACAGCAGCAACAUCACUUCCACCACCAGCAACAGCAGCAGCAGCAACAGUCGCACCACUCGCACCACCAUGCGCAUCACGACAACAGCAACAUGUCGCUGCCAUCGCCGACGGCGGCAGCUGCUGCGGCGGCGGCUGCUGCUGCCGCUGCUGCUGCGGCCGCUCACCUGCAGCGGCCGAUGAGCAGCAGCAGCAGCUCGGCCGGCACCAACAGCAGCAACAGCAGCAGCAGCGCCAGCAACCUGGACCCGAAUGCCGCAGUGGCGGCAGCAGCCGCCCUCCUCGACACCAAGCCGCUGAUCCAAAGCGUAAGUCACUCCCUAUCCCUUCAGCAGAGUCCAUUGCAGUCACAGCACCAGCACCAGAACAAGCAGGGGCAGCAGGUCGUCCAUUUCCAGCAGGAGCAGCAACAGGUAUCCCUUUCUCCCCUGAAGCACCUCACUGUCCUGAAGACCGCCACCAGGAGCGACUGCCUGGCGAUCAAGCCCGAACCAGAGUCCGAACAGAAGCCAGAGCUGGCCAAGAUGACCACCGUGGAGUGGCCGAUUAAGGUGGAGGUGCCGCAGGUGGCGGCCAAGGCCACGCCGUAUGCGGUGGGCGGGGAGGUGGCGCCACCAGCCGGCACCCGGAAGAUGCGCAACCGAAUCAAGGCGGUGGACUAUGGCUCCGCCACCGUCACCAUGGUGUCCAAUUUUAAGGCAUCGCCGGAGGUGCCGGCCACGAGAACGGUGCACCGCACCACCCUGCGGUCGCUGGCUUCGGCGGCGGCGGCCACGGCGGCGGGAUUGCUGGCGCCGUCGCCGAGCGUCUCGGUGCUGAACGAAAGCAAGCUACUGCAGCGGCGCUUGGGAUUGCCGCCGGACCUGCAACUGGAGUUCGUCAAUGGCGGACAUGGCAUCAAGAAUCCCCUGGCCGUGGAGAACUCCCAUGGUGGCCACCACCGUAUCCGCAACAUCGAUUGCAUUGAUGAUCUCAGCAAGCACGGCCACCACUCCCAGCAGCAGCAGCAGCAACAGCAGCAACAACAGCAGCAGCAGGGCUCCCCGCAACACCAGCAGCAGAGUAUGCAACAGUCGCAGGUGUCGCAGCAGCAACAGCAGUCCCUGCAACAGCAGCAGCACAACCAUCAGCAUCACAGCAACAGCAGCGCCAGCAGCAAUGCCAGUAGCCAUGGCUCCGCUGAGGCUCUCUGUCUGGGCUCGGGAUCGGUGGGGGCCAACGAGGAGCCGGGCAACAACAAGUUCGUGUGCCGCGUCUGCAUGAAGACGUUCUCGCUGCAGCGACUCCUCAAUAGGCACAUGAAGUGCCACUCGGACAUCAAGCGGUACCUGUGCACGUUCUGCGGCAAGGGCUUCAACGACACCUUCGACCUCAAGCGGCACACCCGCACCCACACGGGCGUCCGGCCGUACAAGUGCAACCUGUGCGAGAAGAGCUUUACGCAGCGCUGCUCCCUGGAGUCGCACUGCCAGAAGGUGCACAGUGUCCAGCACCAGUACGCCUACAAGGAGCGUCGGGCUAAGAUGUAUGUGUGCGAGGAGUGCGGUCAUACCACCUGCGAGCCGGAGGUGCACUACCUCCACCUGAAGGACAACCAUCCGUUCUCGCCGGCGCUGCUCAAGUUCUACGACAAGCGGCACUUCAAGUUCACCAACUCGCAGUUCGCCAACAACCUGCUCGGCCAGCUGCCCAUGCCAGUCCACAACUAGGAUGUGCUAUUAAGAUCCCUAGAUCCCCUCCCCCUUAGAGUAUAUAGAGUAUGAGAAAUCAAUGUGACUUUGAAGUUUUUUGAAAACUGCCCCCGCGGAGGAAAAAGGAAUUUUUGGAGAUUAUGCUUAUGUAUAUUUUUUGCCUAGCUCUUUAAGGAAUUUAUCGUUAUAUAACCCGAUAUAUAUAGUAUAUAUAUAUAUAUCAUUCACACCCACACACUCACUUUGCUGUGCAAACCACUCUCACACACACACUCACUCACAAUGCGUUGAAAGGAGCUCGUUUUUGAUCCUUGAUCCUUAUGUUUUUUUUAGUAAAUCUUGAAUUUUACGUUUAUUUUUAUAGAUUUUUUUCUCGCAUAAGAACUGCUUUCUUAGUCAAACAAUUCUCGUUUAAACUUAAGAUAUAUAAUGAAAAAUGCUAUGAGCAAAAAACACACACCACACACACACUUUACACACUACGAAUUAUGAAUUAUAAUCCCAAAAUCGUAUAUUUUUUAAUGAAAAUAUUUUUAGUUAUUUAAGACUCGAGCGCUACCAACCGAACAAGCUGCAUUUAUUUUUUCAUCAAAAAGCUUAAAUUUAAAUUUAUGAGAAAAAGAAGCAAGGAUUUUGAAAACCCAUUUACGCAUAAAAAUAAUUUAUUACCUUACACACCCACCCUCCACACACACUCCCACACACACAUUAUGUAAAGAGGCAACAAUUUCGACGUAACUUGAACUAAAAUUAGUCUAGAAUUAAGUACAAAAAUGCGAAGAAAACAAAAAAUAUUGAUGUAAACUAAAGCUGUUCAUUAAUGAAGUCAACGCCCCAUUAAUUAAAUAAAAUAUAUUCAUUAUUUUUGUAAGAUGGGCCCGCAAGGAAAAAGUGAGCGAAAUUUUUUAUUAAUUUUAGUUUUUAGGCAAGACCACCAAUUGUACUGAUCUUUAAUGAACAAAAACAAAAAUCAACCACUAAUCGCUUAAACUCUAAACUCAUGCAUAUAUAUAUAUUACAAAAUAAGAUUAUUUUUUAAGCUAAAAAAUACGUUAAUUCUCUAAAAAAAAAACAAAAAAAGAAAAACGAAAAAGAAAAAAAACAAAGUGAAAUCGAAUUUGAGUUUAUGAUUUGAUUGCCGAGAGAAAGUGAGAAAAAUAAUGAUUAUUUGGAUUGAAACUCCAAUUGUAGAACGUAAACUGCAUUAAAAAAUUUCUGUUUUAUUUUUAAGCAUUUUUUUUUCGUCGUCAUUUAAUUAAUUUUUUAAGCAACAACGGGUUUUUUGUGCAAUCGCUUGGUGUUGGUUUAACGUAAUAACUGAAAAAAGGACACAUCUGAUUAAGGAGCUUAGGAUUAAUGUAUUCAUUUCGGACGGGGGGCUGUGCCCUGUGGCGCCACGCCCACCGCCCGCUGCACAGCCCCCGCCCCCCCCCCAGAGAGGGAAUUUAGAAUUAUUUUAGAAAACUUUCACUCACACACAACACUACACACUAUAUAUAUUAUUAUAAUAUAUAUGCUAGAAAGAUAAUAUAUCUGAUCCGCACACACCACACAUACAUACAUAUUACUUAACUUAGUUAGUUAGUUUAGGCCAAAUUCCUCGUAAUUCGACGGCAACUUUCCAAAUUAAACAAAAUAAAUCUUUAAAAAAAAAUUCGAAAUUAACAAAAAAAAAAUACAAAUCUUAGACUUCCAAGAAAAAUUACAAAUUUUUUUACAAAUCGAAUUUUGUAUGGAGAAAAAAUGAGAAAACCCCUAACAAAUAAACAAAUAUAUAUUUAACAAAACUGAUGAAUCGGCAAGAACAUUAAAUUAGUUGUUAAUGAAACAAAAAACCUUUUUUUUUAAACUAUCAUUUAUGUAUACUAUAUAUAAAGAUAUGAAAAGUGAAUUAAUUAAUAAAUAUUAAAUAUGACAAAAUAA